UGACGUGUUUGCUAUACAAUUGCCGACAUCCUCAAGCCUUAAGCCCUAAGCUAUCGACAUCGAAUACUUCAGUUUUUUCCUUUUCUUUUCAAUGUCUCGAGACGAGCUUCAGCAUCUCACUGGCAAAUGUCAAACAGCCAUUUAUGCAACGUUUUCCAAGACCACACGUGUCAAUCUCUGCAUGCCACGUGUAAAACCCCUCACAUAUUCAUCUCCCAUUAUCAUCAUCAUAAAUCCUCCCUCUCCGAUCCCAACUUUAAAACAGAAGCAACACGGAUAUGUUCAGCGCCAUCAAAUCCUUUCCGAUUCAAACCAAACCAGCCGUUUCUACUCUCUUCGCCACCUCAAACAACUUCGCCGGAAAAGCAACUCCGGUCUUCCAAACUGUAAGAUUCCAACAGGCAUCCGCAGGAGCCAAAGAGCCUGAGAACAUGGAGAAGAAAGAAGAAACUCAGGAAGCUCAGAAAAAGGGGGAUGUGAUGUCACAUUCGUUUGGAGAAGGUUACGCUACGAGAUCAGAUGAAGAAGGUUUUGGAGGAAUUUACGGAGGCAACCAAUCGCUUUCUCAUGACGAUGAAGAUAAGGACGUCCAUGGCAAUCAUCCUGAUUAUGACAAGACUCAAGGAAGUGAGGUGAAGGAGAAGGAAAAAGCUCGACAUCAAACACAGGCACACUAGCUCUCGAAGAAAUGAGGGAUCGAUAAGAAUGAGUUUUAAUUAAUUUUUAGUAGUUGUUGAAACUUGUUUCCGAUCAUCGUGCAUCAUCCAACUCUCUGCACAUGUAGAUAUAAGUUGAACUUAGUUUGUAUUUCUUGCCAGCUUUUUGUAACAGGCAG